AACAUGUACAGUGUGAAUGACGCUGCACGCAAACUCAUCUUCGGGAAAGGAACUAAACUCUUCGUACAAUCCGACGAGGAGUACAAGCCGUCCUACUUCAGUCUGUCAGAUGGACAUACUUCGGCCUGUCUGGCCACCGGCUUCAGCAGAAUCAAUGCAACAAAGAAGGAACAUGAAGAAAUAUUCAGUAAGACCGACGCCGUCCGGAUAACAGAUGACUCGCUGUACAACCAGGUGGCUGUGUUUUCAUCUGCUAAUGAGACCAUAUGUGCUGAAUCUGCCUCUGAACUGUGUGAAGAAACUUUGCAACCAGAUGCUACGGUGAACAUGGUGUCUCUGACCAUCCUGGGUCUCCGGCUGCUCUUCCUGAAGACCAUCGUCUUCAACGUGUUGAUGACUCUGCGGCUGUGGAUCAGUCAGUAAACUCUGCAGAGCUUCACCAGAAGACGAUCGACGUCUCAUUCUUCUGUUUCACGUCUAAAUAUAAAUAUCAUAUUCAUAAUGUGUUCAUGUCUUCAUACUGUUAUACAUGAAAUCUUUAUCAGUGAUGUCGUUGCUUUUGAUGAAUGAACUUUGACUCUUUGUGUCCUGCUGAUGCAAAUAUCACAGUAACAUUUUAUUCAUUUAAUACUUUUAAUAUUUCAACAGUCUGAUCAACUGAUGUCAAUAAAAAAUGUUUGAAAACUGUAAAAUACAAACUGUUCCAAUAAAGAAUGAAACAACAA